UGUCUCGUGCUCGCGCUCGUGCUCUUCGCCAGGCGGCAGCUCCUGAGGAGCCGCUACCACCGGCUGGGCUCGCGGCUGCCGGGGCCCUCCGCGCUGUCCUUCCUGGCCGGCAUGGCGCGAGGCCGCGACCUCAUGGGCUACUUGCGGCGGCUGCGAGACCGCCACGGGCCCGCGUGCGCGCUGUGGCUCGGGCCCCACCUGCUGGCGGUGCUCGCCGACCCCGAGGACCUGGCCGUCGUCUUCGGCAGCGCCCGCGCCCUGUCCAAGCCCGUCUUCUACCGGCCCUUGACGCUCGUCUUCGGCGGGUCGCUCAUCGCCGCCGACGCGGACGCCUGGAGGAAGUCCCGCAGGCUCAUGAACCCGGCCUUCGCCGCCCGGGUGGUCUCCGGCUACGCGAGCACCUUCGACGCGAAGAGCCGCGCGAUGGCCGACAGGCUGCAGCUCCGCUGCGGCGGAGCGCCGUUCGACGUGGCCGACUACACGAAGCUGUGCGCGCUGGACAUGAUCACCGAGACCAGCCUCGGCGCGCCGGCGGACAUCCAGGGCGGGGACGGGCAGCACUGCGUCACGCGCAACAUGCCGCGGAUAGCCCGCGUCCUGGCCCACCUGUUCCUGAGGCCGUGGUUCUGGUUCACGAGCGUCGUGAAGCUGACCCGCUGGCACAGAGACCUGCGCGAGCUCGCUGAGCCCAUCCGCGAUCUCGUGGACGGCAUAGUGGUACAGAAGACCGCCUCGCAUCUGAAUUCCAGCACGAAGAAAAGUGUCGGAGAACUGGAUGCAGAAGCACCGAAGCAAAGGCCGGGGUUCCUGGAGCACAUGAUAGCAGCUACAGCCGACGACCCGGGACUCUUCGCCGCUGAGGAACUGAGGGACCAGGCGAUGCUGAUCAUGGGAGCCGGCACGGACACUACUGCCCUCACGGUGGCGUACGCGCUGAUGCUGCUGGGCUUGCAUCCAGACGUGCAGCUCAAAGCGCUGGCGGAGCAAGAAGACAUCUUCGGCGGAGACGCGCAGCGACCGGUCACCGCAGGAGACCUCAAGCGGAUGGUGUACUUGGAGCAAGUGAUCAACGAGACGAUGAGGAUGUACUCCGUGGGUCCGCUGGUGUCGAGGUGGGCGGACGAAGACGUCCGCCUCCGCGAGUACACUCUGCCUGCGGGAACGACAAUCAUCAUCCCGAUCUAUCUCGUGCACAGAGACCCAAACUACUAUCCAGAUCCGUUCAAGUUCGACCCGGACAGAUUUCGCAAAGGUGUCAUCCGCCCUCAGUGCUCCUUCAUUCCGUUCGCGUCCGGCCGUCGGAUGUGCAUAGGCAGCCACUACGCCUACAUGGCGAUGAAGACCAUGCUGUCGGUGGUGCUCAGGAGAUUCGAAGUUCUCGAAUACGGCUCAAGAGACGACAUGGAGUGCUUGCAAUACGAGUUUGUUCUGAAGAUGGUAAAAGGACAUAACAUAAAGUUGGGGCCGAGGAAGUGGGAGAUAAAUAACGAAACAUGAAAUAACCAUAAAUAUAUUUUUUUCAUAUUUAAUACGGUAACUAUUCCAUGCUCUUAUUACACCGUAUUUUUUUAAUCAUGCUUAUUGAAAUACAUACUUACGUAUUCCAAUGACAUGUGUAUAGUGUCACGUGUGUCGGAAGCAGAAUUUUAACCUAGUGAACUGCAAAAGUAUUAUAAAUAUUAAAAAAAAAAAUCCUUUGAGAUUUUAACAACUUAAUUAUGUGAUUAUACCUAUGUUAGAAUAUGAUAAUAUUAACCAAUAUAAACAAUUCAGUACUGGCGUUAAUAAGCGUUUAUUUUUUUUAAUUCUUUAUGUUGGCAUUUUUGACAACCAAACCACAGUAGGUACCACACCAGAUUUUUAAGGGAAAAUAAUGUUUGUUUUUAAUGCUUAUUUAAAUAUGACAAAUUAUUUUUUUUAUUUAAUUACAUUAAAGGUGAAUAAUAAUGUUUGAUUGCUGAAUUCAAACCAUUUUAUUCCAUACCAUAAAAAAUUGCAUUUGUGGAUUUCAUGUGUAAUAGUACUUUGAGAAAGUAAAAUGUAUUUUAGUAGGUAAGUAUUUCUAGUCAUUACAUGCCAAUGACAAAAUGUGUACGAUUUUGAGUUACUUAUAAAUAAAACCAAAUUAUAUAAAGUAAGUUAACAAUACAUAAACAAUUCAUUGUAAGGGAUGGUUCCUAAACAAAACAAUGUACACAAAAUUUAAUAAAUGGGUAUGCGAUAAAA